UGGAAGUGAUACACCCUCGGUUAUGGAACUGCUACCACUACAACAAAGACUGGUUCUUCGGCGAGUUGCAGAAAAUGAGAUCAGCCAGUGUGUUGAUGGACGUGACCCUGAGUGCGGAGGGAAAAGAGAUCCCUUGUCACCGCCUGGUUCUCGCUCAGCGGCAUGGAGUGAAUACUUUCGGUCUAUGUUCAGCGUAGGUCUCAGCGAGAGCAAGAAGGACAAGAUAGAGAUAGGAGGGGUGAGCGCAGACGUACUGCAACAGUUGGUAGACUACGCUUACACAUCCGAAGUCAACAUCACCGAAGAAAACGUCCGGCCACUGUUUGAAGCCGCAGACAUGCUGCAGUUUCUCGGAGUCCGCGCCCACUGCGAGGAGUUUCUACAUCAACGCGUGAGCGUAGAAACGUGUUUGGGAAUAUGGGCGCUAGCGGACAGGGUAUCGUGCGCGCGUUUAGCAGAUACGGCAAAAAGCUGCGCUCUAAAGAAGUUUGAAGAAGUGUGCGCGACGGAGGAGUUUCUUCACCUGCCAGGUCAUUUGCUGCAGUCGUACAUCUCAGAUAAGGGCCUGCUAACCAAGAAGGAGGAACGAAUCUUGGAAGUGAUCAUGCUUUGGACAAGACAUGCCCCUGAAGAACGGCAGAAAUAUCUCAAGGAUCUACUGAAGUGUGUCCGCUUCUCGCGUAUGGACCCAGACUAUCUCAAGACCAUUCUGAAGGAAGACAAUGUGUUGGCAGGAGUUGAUGGUAUCAAUGCGAUGAUGAAGAUACAACCUACACAUGCAGAACCUCGCCAAAUUCUCCAGAAGGACAUUUUAGUUCAUUCAGGCGGGAAAAAGUCCAUGCGCCAGGCAUGGAGGUACAUCGCGUCUACGAACAUUUGGAUGAAGCUGGCUAACCUUGGGAAAGGAAGAUACGGCCUUGGGAUGGCAGUUUUGGGAGAAAAGCUGUACGUGGUUGGUGGUACAAAGAAUGCACAUGACAGGACCCUUCUUUCUCGGGAGUGUAGAAUACCUGACGUUGAGGUAUACGAAAAGAAGAGGAACAACCGUUCUAAUUGGAAACUAACGGAACCGCUUCCGCUGGCAGUGAGCAAUUUCGGCAUAACUGCCUGCAGUGGAAAGCUCUAUGUCUUUGGUGGCAUUACAAACGAGAAACUGGGUGCAACUAGUCAUGUUCAGCACUAUGACCCAACGGCCAUGCACGAAAUGUGGGCGGUAGAGGAGUGUUGGGUGUCCGAUAGGGUUUCUCAUCUGAGCGCUUGCACAGUUGACACCAAGAUCUACUUGGUCGGUGGACGGUUGAAUUGGGUGCUUGGCUUUAAUCCAGACCAUUGCCCAUGGGAAAGUCCUGAUGAGAUGUUGGCUGAAACAUUGGCCCCGUGGGCCCACUGCAGCGCCACAGUAUGCGGCUCUGACAUCUACAUUACUGGUGGCAAGGAACAGAGCUACCACCUGUAUGGUGGUCCUCUGCCUAACCGUGAAAACUUCGCUAUAUAUAGUUCAGUGUUACAAUGUGAGGAACAAUACCAUGGUAUUGGCUAAGGAUCUGCCAAAGCCGCUGCAUAGACACUGCACAGUAGCUAUUGCCAAGACUUAAAGCUUGUGGUGUAACUGUUGUUGCAUGAAUAGUUGGUUGGCACGAUAUUUUACCGCGCUGGAGCAUUUUAAUAUUGUUCUGCAUGUAAGGAACCAUAAGUCUAGAGAAACACAAACUCAAAAAAAGUAUGUAACGUUGUGCCUUGGUUCUGAUAUUAACGGUUGGUUCGGUAGUAGAAAAUAUAUAUCCUUUUCUUUAUGUUAACUCGAUUAUAUAUACCUCGUUGUUCAGGAACCCCAAAAUUUAUGAAAGGAAUGCGAACAAAAAGUUGCGCAAAAAAUGUCUUCAUUAUGAAAUCUAAGUGUUCUGAAGGUGGCUAAAUGACUAAACCUGCAGAGUAUGGCAUGCCGAACAGUAGAUCUUCAUUUUUGCUAUUCUUUAUUUGUAAUCUUUGUUGUUCUUUAAUUUGUUGUUUAAAGUUGGGCAAAAAGUUCCCUUCAUUAUGAAUCGAGGGGGUUAGAAAGGUUGAACGAAUGAUACAGAGUAUGGUAUACCGAACAAUACGUUCUUCAUUUUUGUUAUUCUUUAUUUGUCAUUUUUGUUUUGUUUGUUAUUUUUAUUGAUCAACAGAUGAACAAAACAAAGUUGCCUUCAUUGUGAAAUCGAAGGGGUUAGGAAGAUUGAACGAGUGAUACAGAGUAUGGUGAGCCGAACAAGACGUUCUUCAUUUUUGUUAUUUUUUUGUUGAUCAACAGAUGAACAAAAAAAAGUCGCCUUCAUCAUGAAAUCGAAGUAGUGCAGGAAGGUUGAAGAAAACCAUGGCUAAGAGACUAUUGGUAUGGAUACUAAAUAAUAGAUUCAUUUCUGGUCUUUCGCAUUUUCUUCUUUCACCUUUGAUCAUGAAUUGAGAUGUUAUGACACUGGUGUCCGUUUUCCUAUAUUUUCGUGUAAUUUUCGGCACACUAGUAUAUUUGCUCAUUUUGCUGCUGCUUUGGACGAUUCACAGUUUGGUCCACAUUUUUUUUGGAAAUGGACGAAAAUUGAUGACCGGGAAUGUCACUCAUACACAAAAUAAGACAGGAGGGAGAAGGUUAAAGUCUUGUAAUGAUGUCAAAUUACAGUACAGAUUAACAUGGACAUGUACAACUUUAAUUUGUUGGCAAUAAAAGUUCUCACACAACUACGCCCCUUCACGUGUUGUUUUCUAUCGUUUGAAGGAGAAAGUAAUACAGCGCAGUGUAGCGUCAGACUCAGACCAGUUUAUCUUAUGAUAAUCUUGUCUUUAGUCUAGUGCGUUUCACAAAGAUAUGUGUUCUAAGGGCUAUCAAAUAUACGUGAAGAAAAAAUAUCAAAAUCAAAGAACACUGUGCAUACUACGCAAUAAUAAAGUAAUUGUGCUUAUCAACUAACAGUAGUAUGUCGUAGAAAAAACAGAAGUGCUAAUAAGUAAUAUGUAGGUCUUCAAGAUUCAAACAUGUUACCUAAAAAGGAAAAAACAAAGUUCAGCUAUGUUUAUCAUAAGUUGAUCACAAUAGUUAGUAUUUAGUAUAGGUACAAUGUAAUACAAAAGAGAGGUUAUAAAAAAUGUAAAAAUAUAGUAUUAGGGUAUU